UUGAAUUUCUACCGGUUAAACAAGCAUGGCUCAGCCAAUAGAGAGGUCACAGCUCUGACUUCCCUGUUGUUCAUCCAUGGUUUUCUCACCACUUCUCUCCAGGUACAAGUUACUACUUUUUCUUAGAGUUUCAUGAUUCAUCACUCAUUUCACUGAAACUGAAAUUCAGACCAAAUCGGAAGAAGGGUCAUUGCUAUUUCGCCUUGUUGCUUCAUAGAUACUCCUCAUCUCUGAAUUUUGGGUUAGUUUCUGAACAUUCUUAGCUAUUUAUUCUUUUUAAUGUUGAAAAUAUCAAAACUUUCAACCCAUGUGAGCAAAAAGCUACAAUCUUUGUUCAAAACCCAUUGUUUUGCGAUUUACUUAGGUGGGGUUAGUGGUAGAAAUUUUAGUGAUGACGGACAUGGAGUCUUCUUGAAUGAUAAAAAUGGAUUAUCAGAGUCUGAGACUGAGUGGGAAAGGUUACUUAAACCCUUUGACCUCAAAGAGCUUAGGAAGUCACUUAAUCAAAUAAGCCCCUAUCAGCUCUGUAAAUUGCUUGAGCUCCCACUUGAUGUGCCCACAUCAAUGGAGAUAUUCGAAUGGGCGGGUGCCCAGAAGGGCUAUUGCCAUUCAUUUGAUGUGUAUUAUGUAUUGAUAGAUAAGCUAGGGGCGGCCAGGGAGUUUAAGGUCAUAGAUAGGUUGUUGAUGCAGAUGAAAGAAGAAGGGAUUGUCUUUAAAGAGACCCUUUUCCUUAUGAUUAUGAAAUAUUAUGGGAGUGCCAGUUUGCCUGGCCAAGCAACUAGGUUGCUUUUGGAUAUGAGGGGUAUUUAUUCUUGUGAACCAACUUUUAGAUCUUAUAAUGUUGUAUUGGAUAUAUUGGUGGCUGGGAAUUGUCCUAAAGUUGCACCUAAUGUUUUCUAUGACAUGUUGAGCAAGGGUGUUUCUCCCACUGCCUACACUUUUGGGGUGGUGAUGAAAGCACUUUGUACGGUUGGUGAAGUGGAUUCUGCAUGCUCUCUCCUCAGGGACAUGACUAAGCAUGGGUGUGUGCCGAAUUCAGUGGUAUACCAGACUUUGAUACAUGCACUCUCUAAGAAUAAUCGAGUAAAUGAAGCGUUGAAACUUUUGGAUGAAAUGUUUCUUAUGGGUUGUACACCUGAUGUUCAGACCUUCAAUGAUGUAAUCCAUGGCCUUUGCAAGCUCAAUCGGAUUCAUGAGGCAGCAAAGUUGGUUGAUCGGAUGCUUCAUCGGGGUUUCUCCCCUGAUAAUAUAACUUAUGGAGUUUUAAUGCAUGGGUUGUGUAGAAAGGGGAAAGUUGAUGAAGCAAGGGCAUUGUUGAAUAAAGUGCCAGCUCCAAAUGUUGUGCUCUUCAAUACCUUAAUUAAUGGGUAUGUGACUAGUGGACGGUUUUAUGAAGCCAAAGAUGUUAUGUACAAUUGCAUGCUAAGUAUUGGCUGUGCCCCUGAUGUUUUUACAUUUAACAUGCUAAUUCAUGGGCUUUGUAAGAAGGGUUCUUUGAUUUCAGCUUGCAGAUUGGUUAAUGAGAUGGCAAUAAGGGGUUGCGAACCUAAUGUGGUAACAUACACAACAUUGAUAGAUGGGUUUUGCAAAGCAGGCCAACUAGAGGAAGCUAGUGAUGUUUUAAAUGAGAUGUCAGCUAAGGGACUUAGUCUGAAUACAGUAGGGUACAAUUGCCUUAUAUGUGCUCCGUGCAAGGAUGAAAAGAUUAAUGAAGCUUUGGAAAUGCUUGGUGAAAUGUCUAGGAAAGGUUGUAAACCUGAUAUUUUUACAUUUAAUUCUUUAAUAUUUGGACUUUGUAAAGCCAACAAGAUAGAUGAGGCCUUGGGAGUCUAUCGUGAUAUGUUAUUGGAGGGUGUAAUUGCCAACACUGAAACUUACAACACUUUGAUUCAUGCUUUUCUGAGGAGAGGUGAGAUCCAAGAAGCAUUUAAGCUUGUAAAUGAAAUGUUAUUUAGAGGAUGCCCUCUUGAUAUAAUAACCUAUAAUGGCCUAAUUAAGGCACUGUGUAAAGCUGGGGCUGUUGAGAAAGGGUUGGUGCUGUUUGAAGAAAUGAUGAUGAAAGGACUUAACAUUAAUAAUAUCUCGUGCAAUAUUUUGAUCAAUGGUCUUUGUAGAGUUGGAAAAGUACAUAGUGCACUUGAGUUUCUAAGAGAUAUGAUUCAUCGGGGUUUGAUGCCGGACAUAGUCACUUAUAACACCCUGAUAAAUGGUUUAUGCAAGAUGAGGCGUCUUUAGGAGGCUUGGAAUCUCUUUGAUCGAUUACAACUUGAAGGAAUCUGUCCUGACGCUAUUACUUAUAACACUUUAAUCUGUUGGCACUGCAAAGCGGACAUGCUUGAUAAAGCCUAUUUGAUUCUACAUAAGGGAGUGGAGAAUGGUUUCAUACCUAAUAAUGUGACCUGGUAUUUAUUGGUCUCCAAUUUUGUUAAAGAAAGUGCCAAGGAGAGUCAUACUUUUUCCUCAGAUCUGUUUUAGUGUCUAGAAAGAAAUUUUGCUCAUGGAAUGAUCUCUUUGUUUAAUAUCUUGAGUUAAGCUUCAGAAAGAGUUGCUUGGACAUUUGGUUUUAGCUAUUAUCCACACAUAUCUUCUAUUCUCAAGCAAGUGUAUUGCUGAUUAACCAUUGAUUCUCUUGCUUUCAAAUAUUUUGCAAUGCACAUCAUUUGAGGCUUUUGGAUCUCUCUUUGGAUAGGUCAAUAGUCACCUGGAUUGUUCAAUGUAAAUGUUUGCUUUUUGGGAGCAAUUGUGCUUGAAGCUAAUCAGAAUGGCUAUGAAGAUGACUUUGGUAUGAUUUUGUACGUGAAUGUAAUUCGAGGAAAUGGCCCUUACAAAGCACAAUUUCUUGCAUUUCAUAUAUUUGGAAUUUGGGUUGGGUGCGGGAAAAAGUUGGCUGGCUGUUCUUUUUUCUUCUUUUUUUUGGCUCAUCUCAGUUUAGCGAUGGUUAAGGCAGAAGGUUUCACAGCAUAAUGUAUAUUUCAAAGAAGAAACGAUCAUUUCCAAACUUGAGUUAAUGAAAAUGGGGACCAAGAGAAGGAGAAUGAAGAUGGACCCCAUCAGAGAGAACAAUGAGCAACCUGAUGCGGAGGUCCCAACCUCACACUGAGGAAAUUCCACAAACAGUGGCUAACAGCGAGGAAAAAUCCUGAGGCAGGUGAUGCUCAACUGCCAUCUGUUGAGGAUUCCGUGAGGAAAACGCUCAAGAACCAUCUAAAGAGGAAAGUAAGCAACCCUCUACAGUGGUUUCUCAGAUUAUGCGCAAAGUAGAGGUGCCUAAUAAUGAGGUUGGCGUUCCAGUUGGCAAGACUGAGGAUACUAUAUACCAUUACUUGUGGUACAAUUCAGGAGCAAAAUUCACAUAACAAGGGAUGCAAAUGCUGCUGAUCCAUAUUCUGCAACAGGGCCUGUGUCAAUAAGAGGAAGUUUGGAAAUAUAAACAAGGCUGAGAAGCUUAUAAAAUGGUGUCAUUGCAGAGGUUCUUACUUCCUACAAAAUCAGCUGGCGACCUACAACACAUGUUGUUACAUAUAAGCGACUAUAGCAAAAGAGCUUGUGUUGUUGGGUUGGCAACUAGAAUUUUCAUUUUGUAUCACGGGAUAUACAACAGUCCACUCACCUUUGGUGAUUGAGCUAUCCAAAGUGACCCAUUUUGGAACAACGAAAUAUAUUAAUAUAUAACUGGCAAUGUUAAAAUUU